UGUACUUCUGCUAGAAUUUCAUAACAAACGAUUCAAUUAAAAAAAUUAAUGAAAGCAUCCUCCUCGGAAGCAUGCUCUCCUAUAAAAAUUGGGAGAGAAAACAUGUUGAGAGAAAAAAAAAUUAAAAGAGAGAGCGAUAAACGGAUCAGAGAAGAUUAAUACGCACCAAAUGAAGGAAGACAUUACACCACAAGAAUUCGAGACAGUUAAAGCAUGGUUAAAAUUAGGAUGCCAACGGCGGGGCAACCAGACAACUAGCCACCAACGCCAUUACGCGCGCGCGCGCAUGCACGACCUCCACUCCACGACGCCGCCCGGCCUCCACCUCUCCUCUUGAAGGCGAACCGAAGCCAAGAAGCAGCCGCCGGUGAUGUGGUCGACGUGGGUCCGCCGGAGCAAGACCUCCGGGCGGCUCACGCAGUCGCCGUCCUUCUCAUCGCCCACGGGUUCGUCGCCCACCGGCAAGGACUACCCGGGCAUCGGCGCGGUCCUCGACGAGGCGGCUGGCGAUGGUAGCCCCACUGCCGGCGCCGGCUCAGGUAGCAAGAUCGUCCUUCACCGCGCGCGGUCGGCGUCCAGGCUGCGCGCAUGCAAGUCAUUCGCGGCGGCCGCGGAGGCCGCGGCGGCUUCCGUGGCGGGGGAGCGCCGCGUGGUGCUCUACUUCACCUCCCUCCGCGCCGUGCGCGCCACGUUCGAGGACUGCCGCGCCGUGCGCACGAUCCUGCGGGGGCUCCGCGUCUCCGUCGACGAGCGGGACGUGUCCAUGGACGCCGCCUACCUCGCCGAGCUCCGCGCGCUGAUGCGGCGGGACCGCCCGUCCCUGCCGCAGCUCUUCGUCGGCGGCAGGCUCGUCGGGGACGCCGAGGAGGUGCGCCUCCUGCACGAGAGCGGGGAGCUCCGGCGCGUCCUGGCUGGCGCGGCGCAGGCGGCGCCCACGCCGUGCGCGUCUUGCGGAGGCUCGCGGUUUGUGCCGUGCGGCGCAUGUUGCGGCAGCCACCGCCGGUUCAGCGAGAAGACCGGCGGUUUCCGCAUCUGCGCGUCCUGCAACGAGAAUGGGCUUGUCCGGUGUGCCGCCUGCUCCUCCGGCAGCUGACGUGCACGGCCUAUCGCGCAGUCCAUCGUCCAAGAGAUGCAAGACAAAAUUCUGACGAAUUCCUAGAUCACUUUGUGCCGCGCUGGAUUCAAACCUGAAGAUCUCGGUUCAUCAAACCAAAAGGGGUGUUGGGAUUUGACAUUGUUCGAUCAGAGUAAUUGUGUUUUUCUUUUCUGAGCGUAGCCAAUGUUCAUGGUUAGAAACAUCAUCAUCAAGGAAUAAUCCACUUUUGACUCCUCCAGAAAUUUUGUUGUCUCGUUUCUGCCUUCAUCAUGUCUUAUCUCAACCGGAAAUGAACAACCGUAAAAUUUCACACCCAAAACUAUCAAUGUAUGCAUACCCUAAGCCCGUCACAAUAAUAGUGCUGACGAUAGCUGAUCGACUUGUGGGUUGUUUCUUUCUUCA